AUGGAGAUGAUGAUGAUGAUGAAGAUGAUGCUGAUGAAGCUGAGGCCGGGGGUCGGGGAGUUGUUCCUGGGGGAUGAUGAUGAAGAUGAGGAUGAUGAAGCUGAGGGGGCGGGGACCCCCCCGACCCCCCGAUUCCCGGUGGUGCCCACCCAGUACGGGCGCCUGCGGGGGGCUCGGCGGGACCUGAGCAACGAACUGCUGGGCCCGGUCCAGGCCUUCCUGGGGGUCCCCUACGCGGCCCGGCUCGGGCCUCGCCGCUGGGCGCUCCUCGAGGCCCCCGCUCGCCUGGGGGUCCGCGACGCCACCGUGCGCCCGCCUGCCCCCCAGAACCUGCGGGCCGGGCCCUCGCUGAUGCUGCCCCUCUGGCUCAGCGACAACAUCGAGGCCGCCGGCGCCUACGUGGCGGCCCAGAGCGAGGACUGCCUGUACCUCAACCUCUACGUGCCCACCGAGGAUGGUUUGCUCGGCAAAGCGCGAGGACGGCGCGGCCGGCGGCCCCCGGACUCAGACAUCAGGGACAGCGGGAAGAAGCCGGUGAUGCUUUUCCUGCACGGAGGAUCCUACAUGGAGGGCACGGGGAACAUGUUCGAUGGCAGCGUCCUGGCGGCCUACGGGAACGUCAUCGUGGUCACCAUGAACUACAGGCUGGGGGUCCUGGGGUUCCUGAGCACGGGGGACCAGGCAGCCAAGGGCAAUUACGGCCUCCUGGACCAGAUCCAGGCUCUGCGGUGGCUCCACGAGAACGUGGGGCACUUCGGGGGGGACCCCCAGCGGAUCACCAUCUUCGGCUCCGGCGCCGGCGCCGCCUGCGUCAGCCUCCUCAUCCUGUCCCACCACUCCGAAGGUCUGUUCCAGAAGGCCAUCGCGCAGAGCGGCACGGCCAUCGCCAGCUGGUCGGUGAACUACCAGCCCCUCAAGUACACGCGGCUGCUGGCGGCCAAGGUGGGCUGCGAGCGCGCCGACACCGGCGCCGCCGUCGAGUGCCUGCGGCGCCAGCCCUUCCGCGCCCUGGUGGACCAGGACGUGCAGCCCGCCCGCUACCACGUGGCCUUCGGGCCGGUGGUGGACGGCGACGUGGUGCCCGACGACCCCGAGAUCCUGAUGCAGCAGGGCGAGUUCCUCAACUACGACAUCCUCAUCGGCGUCAACCAGGGCGAGGGGCUCAAGUUCGUGGAGGACUCGCUGGAGAGCGAGGACGGCAUCUCGGCCUCCUACUUCGACUUCACCGUGUCCAACUUCGUGGACAACCUGUACGGCUACCCCGAGGGCAAGGACGUGCUGCGGGAGACCAUCAAGUUCAUGUACACGGACUGGGCCGACCGCGACAACGGCGAGAUGCGGCGCAAGACGCUGCUGGCGCUCUUCACCGACCACCAGUGGGUGGCCCCCGCCGUGGCCACGGCCAAGCUGCACGCCGAGUACCAGUCGCCCGUCUACUUCUACACCUUCUACCACCACUGCCAGACGGACGCCCGGCCCGAGUGGGCGGACGCGGCGCACGGCGACGAGAUCCCCUACGUGUUCGGGGUGCCCAUGGUGGGCGCCACCGACCUCUUCCCCUGCAACUUCUCCAAGAACGACGUCAUGCUCAGCGCCGUCGUCAUGACCUACUGGACCAACUUCGCCAAGACGGG